AUGGAAACCUGUGACUCCCCUCCUAUCUCAAGGCAGGAAAAUGGGCAGAGCACAUCAAAGCUAUGCGGAACGGCACAACUUGAUAAUGAGGUGCCAGAGAAAGUUGCAGGAAUGGAGCCUGACAGGGCAAACAGCUCCACAGAUGACAACCUGAAAACGGAUGAGCGCAAAAGUGAAGUCUUGCUGGGUUUCAGUGUCGAGAAUGCAGCUGCCACUCAGGUUACCUCAGCCAAGGAGAUCCCGUGCAACGAAUGUGCCACCUCUUUUCCCAGUUUACAGAAAUACAUGGAACACCACUGCCCGAAUGCCCGCCUUCCCGUCCUGAAGGAUGACAACGAGAGCGAGAUCAGCGAGUUAGAGGAUAGUGACGUGGAAAAUCUCACAGGGGAGAUCGUUUACCAGCCUGAUGGGUCAGCUUAUAUAAUCGAGGACUCCAAAGAAAGUGGGCAGAAUGCACAGAGUGGAGCAAACAGCAAACUCUUUUCUACAGCGAUGUUCCUGGACUCCCUGGCGUCUGCCGGAGAGAAGGGUGAUCAGUCUGCUUCUGCGCCUCUGUCGUUCUACCCACAGAUCAUCAACACUUUUCAUAUCGCUUCAUCCCUCGGGAAACCAUUUACAGCCGAUCAGGCUUUCCCAAAUACCUCAGCACUAGCAGGAGUCGGUCCUGUGUUGCACAGUUUCCGUGUCUACGAUCUCCGACACAAGAGAGAGAAAGACUAUCUAACCAGUGAUGGCUCAGCCAAAAACUCCUGUGUGUCCAAAGAUGUCCCCAAUAAUGUGGACUUGUCCAAAUUCGAUGGUUGUGUUAGCGAUGGGAAAAGGAAACCUGUUUUAAUGUGUUUCUUGUGCAAGUUGUCUUUCGGUUAUAUCAGGUCAUUUGUAACCCAUGCUGUGCAUGACCAUCGGAUGACCCUUAACGAGGAGGAGCAGAAACUCCUUAGUAACAAAUGCGUCUCGGCCAUAAUACAGGGGAUUGGCAAAGACAAAGAACCUCUUAUAAGCUUUCUGGAACCAAAAAAAUCCACUUCUGUUUAUCCCCAUUUUUCUACUACAAACCUCAUAGGACCCGACCCAACCUUCCGCGGUUUAUGGAGCGCUUUUCAUGUUGAAAAUGGUGACUCUUUGCCGGCUGGCUUUGCCUUCUUGAAGGGGAGCCCGAGUACCCCCGGCUCCGCUGAGCAGCCGCUGGGGAUCACCCAAAUGCCAAAGGCUGAAGUGACUCUGGGGGGGCUGUCUAGUUUAGUAGUGAACACCCCAAUUACCUCCGUCUCCCUCAGCCACUCAUCGUCUGAGUCUAGCAAGAUGUCAGAGAGCAAAGACCAAGAGAACAACUGUGAAAGGCCAAAAGAGAACAACGCUUUACACCCCAACGGGGAGUGUCCAGUCAAGAGCGAACCCACCGAGGCAGGAGAUGAGGACGAAGAGGAUGCAUACUCCAAUGAACUUGACGACGAGGAAGUAUUAGGGGAACUCACCGAUAGUAUCGGUAACAAAGAUUUCCCUCUCUUAAACCAAAGCAUUUCUCCUUUAUCAUCCAGCGUGCUAAAAUUCAUUGAAAAGGGCCCCUCAUCCUCCUCGGCCACUGUCUCUGAUGACCCAGAAAAGAAAAAACAGGCUGCCGCCGUCAGGGCUGGUGGGGGUGUGUCAGGCAGCUAUGGGAUCAGUGGCAAGGACUUGGCAGAAGCCAGCGCAAGUAAAGAGGGUGCCCCGGCUACUCACCUGAGCGAGACAGCCCGGGGGGAUGAAGACAGCUCGGCUGCACCUCACCAGCAUGGCUUCACCCCGAGUGCCCCGGGUACUCCUGGGCCCGGGGGAGAUGGCUCACCAGGCAGUGGCAUCGAGUGUCCCAAGUGCGACACGGUUUUGGGGUCCUCGCGGUCUCUUGGGGGUCACAUGACUAUGAUGCACUCAAGGAACUCAUGCAAAACCCUCAAGUGUCCCAAAUGUAACUGGCACUACAAGUAUCAGCAGACUCUGGAAGCCCACAUGAAGGAGAAACACCCCGAGCCGGGAGGCUCCUGUGUUUAUUGUAAGACUGGACAGCCUCACCCUAGGCUCGCCCGGGGCGAGAGCUACACAUGUGGCUAUAAACCCUUCCGUUGUGAGGUUUGUAACUACUCUACCACUACCAAAGGUAACCUCAGUAUUCAUAUGCAGUCGGACAAGCACCUGAACAACGUGCAGAAUCUCCAAAACGGCACUGGGGAGCAGGUGUUUGGCCACUCGGCCCCAGCCCCCAACAGCAGCCUCGGUGGCUGCGGGACCCCCUCUCCAUCCAAACCUAAGCAGAAACCCACCUGGCGCUGCGAGGUGUGUGAUUACGAGACCAACGUGGCGCGGAACCUGCGGAUUCACAUGACCAGUGAGAAGCACAUGCACAACAUGAUGCUUCUGCAACAGAACAUGAAGCAGAUCCAGCAUAACCUGCACCUGGGCCUCGCCCCUGCUGAGGCCGAGCUGUAUCAGUACUACCUGGCCCAGAACAUAGGCCUGACGGGGAUGAAGUUGGAGAACCCUGGCGACCCACAGCUGAUGCUCAAUCCAUUCCAGCUGGACCCUGCCACGGCGGCCGCUCUGGCCCCGGGACUUGUAAAUAAUGAGCUGCCGCCUGAAAUCCGGCUUGCCAGUGGUCAGCUAAUAGGUGAUGACCUGUCCCUCCUUACUGCAGGAGAGCUGUCACCUUAUAUCAGUGACCCAGCGCUGAAGCUAUUCCAGUGUGCUGUUUGCAACAAAUUCACCUCUGACAGCCUGGAGGCCCUAAGCGUGCAUGUGAGCAGCGAGCGCUCUCUCCCUGAAGAGGAAUGGAGGGCUGUAAUUGGAGAUAUCUACCAGUGCAAGCUCUGUAACUACAACACUCAGCUCAAAGCCAACUUCCAGCUUCACUGCAAGACUGAUAAACAUAUGCAGAAAUAUCAACUGGUGGCUCACAUUAAAGAAGGGGGCAAAAGUAAUGAAUGGAGGCUGAAGUGCAUUGCCAUUGGCAACCCCGUUCACCUCAAGUGCAAUGCCUGUGACUACUACACCAACAGCGUGGACAAAUUACGCUUGCACACCACCAAUCACAGGCACGAGGCGGCCCUGAAGCUCUACAAGCACUUGCAGAAGCAAGAGGGUACGGUAAAUCCUGAAUCCUGCUAUUACUACUGUGCCGUAUGCGAUUACUCCACCAAGGUCAAGUUGAACCUGGUACAGCACGUCCGAUCAGUGAAGCACCAGCAGACCGAGGGCCUACGGAAACUCCAGCUUCACCAACAAGGCCUGGCCCCAGAGGAAGACAACCUCAAUGAGAUCUUUUUGGUAAAAGACUGCCCACCAAAUGAGCUUGAAACUGCCUCUUUGGGAGCCAGGACCUGUGAGGAUGAUCUUACAGAGCAGCAGUUGAGAGCAGCCUCAGCAGAAGAACAGAGUGAGGAGACAGAAGGAGCCAUUAAACCUAUAGCUGGGGCUGAUGAGGAUGAGAAAGACACAAGUGAGAGAGACAAUAGUGAAGGCAAAAACUCUAAUAAAGACUCUGGAGUAAUCACACCAGAAAAGGAGCUAAAAGUCAGUGUGGCAGGGGGAACCCAGCCACUCCUGCUGGCAAAAGAAGAGGAUGUGUCAACAAAAAGAUCAAAGCCUACAGAGGACAAUAAAUUCUGUCACGAGCAGUUCUAUCAGUGUCCUUAUUGUAACUACAAUAGUAGGGACCAAAGUCGUAUCCAGAUGCACGUCCUGUCACAGCACUCAGUGCAGCCGGUCAUCUGCUGUCCCCUCUGCCAGGACGUCCUUAGCAACAAGAUGCACCUCCAGCUUCAUCUGACGCAUUUGCACAGUGUGUCUCCGGAUUGCGUGGAGAAGCUGCUUAUGACAGUGCCUGUCCCUGAUGUGAUGAUGCCCAACAGCUUGCUACUGCCAGCAGCUGCCUCUGAGAAGUCAGAGCGGGACACACCUGCAGUCAUCACAGCUGAGGGGGCUGGGAAAUAUUCAGGUGACAGUCCAAUGGAUGACAAAAGUAUGGCGGGUCUCGAUGAUUCAAAGGCUAGUGUGGAAAUAAAGAGCGAGGAGCAGAAACCAACUAAAGAAGCCACAGAAGUGUCGGAAUGGAAUAAAAAUAGCAGUAAGGAUAUGAAAAUCUCCGACACACUGCAAGAUCAGUUAAGCGAACAGCAGAAAAGGCAACCACUCUCUGUCUCAGACCGCCACGUUUACAAGUAUCGCUGUAACCAUUGUAGCUUGGCCUUUAAGACUAUGCAGAAGCUUCAGAUACAUUCCCAGUAUCAUGCAAUUCGGGCCGCCACUAUGUGUAACCUGUGCCAGCGUAGUUUCCGUACAUUCCAGGCUUUAAAAAAACACUUGGAAGCAGGCCACCCCGAACUGAGUGAAGCCGAACUUCAACAGCUGUAUGCCUCCUUGCCCGUGAAUGGGGAACUAUGGGCAGAGAGUGAACCUAUGGCCCAGGAGGACCAUGCCCUAGAGCAGGAGAUGGAGAGAGAGUAUGAGGUGGACCAUGAAGGGAAGGCAAGUCCUGUAGGCAGUGACAGUAGUUCUAUUCCAGAUGACAUGGGCUCUGAACCAAAGCGGACCUUACCUUUUAGAAAAGGGCCAAAUUUUACAAUGGAAAAAUUCCUCGAUCCAUCUCGCCCAUAUAAGUGUACCGUGUGUAAAGAGUCGUUCACCCAGAAGAACAUUCUCCUGGUCCAUUAUAACUCAGUAUCUCACCUGCACAAGUUGAAAAAGGUUUUGCAGGAAGCCUCCAGCCCUGUCCCUCAAGAAACCAACAACAGCCCAGAUAACAAACCCUACAAGUGCAGCAUCUGCAACGUUGCAUAUAGCCAAAGCUCGACCUUGGAAAUCCACAUGAGGUCUGUGCUCCACCAGACAAAGGCGAGGGCAGCGAAGCUGGAGCCCGGCGGUGGUCAUGCACCCGGCGGGCACGGAGUGGCAACCAGCAUUAACAGUCCCAGCCAAGGGAUGUUAGAUUCCAUUAAUUUAGCAGCAGUAGGCAGCAAAGAUACCCACUUAGAUGCCAAAGAAUUAAAUAAAAAGCAAAAUCCGGAAUUGAUCUCUGCUCAACCCACACAUCACCCACCGCAGUCACCAGCACAAAUUCAGAUGCAGUUGCAGCACGAAUUGCAACAGCAGGCAGCCUUCUUUCAGCCUCAGUUUCUCAACCCCGCCUUUUUGCCCCAUUUUCCUAUGACCCCAGAAGCUCUGCUGCAGUUUCAGCAGCCUCAGUUUCUCUUUCCCUUCUACAUCCCUGGGACGGAGUUCAGCUUGGGGCCAGACCUGGGCUUGCCAGUAGGCUCUGCCGCCUUUGGCAUGCCGGGCAUGACGGGAAUGGCUGGGUCCCUGCUUGAAGAUUUGAAGCAGCAGAUUCAAAGCCAACAUCACAUUGGCCAAACUCAACUCCAGAUUCUCCAGCAGCAAGCACAACAGUAUCAGGCCACACAGCCCCACCUGCCAUCUCAAAAGCCACAGCCACAGCCACAACAGCAGCAACAACAGCAGCAGCAGCAGCAGGCCGGCAAGUUAUUGAAACAAGAGCAAACCACCGUGGCCAGUGCCGACUGCUCCAUCGUGAAGGACGUACCCUCUUACAAGGAGGCAGAAGAGAUGGCCGAGAAGCAAGACAAGCCAAAGCAAGAAUGUGUAAGUGAAGGCGAAGGGCUCAAAGAAAGCAAAGACCUCGGAAAGAAGCCGAAGUCCUCGGAACCAUCCAUCCCGCCACCCCGCAUCGCUUCAGGGGCCCGAGGAAAUGCAGCCAAAGCCUUACUGGAAAACUUCGGUUUUGAACUGGUCAUUCAGUACAACGAGAACAGGCAGAAGGUACAGAAGAAGGGCAAGAGUGGGGAAGGCGAAAGCACGGAGAAGCUGGAAUGCGGGACGUGUGGGAAGUUGUUCUCCAACGUUCUCAUUCUAAAGAGUCACCAGGAGCAUGUACACGGCCAGUUUUUUCCAUACGGAGCGCUAGAAAAAUUUGCCCGUCAGUACAGGGAGGCCUAUGACAAGCUUUAUCCCAUUUCUCCAUCUUCUCCGGAAACGCCACCUCCCCCACCUCCACCGCCUCCCUUGCCUCCGGCUCCUCCGCAGCCUCCUUCUCUGGGGCCAGUGAAACUGCCCAGCGCGGUCUCCACCCCACUCCAGGCCCCAGCGCCCACUCCCCCGCCACCUCCGCCCCCGCCCCCGCCCCCUCCUCCGCCUCCCCCGCCCCCACCCCCUUCUGCACCCCCGCAGGUCCAGCUGCCAGUAUCCCUGGAUCUUCCCCUCUUUCCGUCCAUCAUGAUGCAGUCGGUGCAACAUCCCGCCCUCCCGCCCCAGCUCGCCCUGCAGCUGCCUCCAAUGGACACACUCUCGGCGGACCUCACCCAGCUCUGCCAGCAGCAGCUUGGCUUGGAUCCCAACUUCCUGAGGCACUCGCAGUUCAAACGCCCGAGGACGAGAAUUACGGACGACCAGCUGAAAAUCCUGAGGGCUUAUUUUGACAUCAACAAUUCUCCGAGUGAAGAACAGAUCCAGGAAAUGGCAGAGAAGUCCGGCCUCUCCCAGAAGGUUAUCAAGCACUGGUUUCGAAACACGCUUUUUAAGGAGCGGCAGAGAAAUAAGGAUUCGCCCUACAACUUCAGUAACCCUCCCAUAACGGUUUUGGAAGAUAUCAGAAUGGACCCCCAGCCCUCCUCCCUAGAACAUUACAAAUCAGACACAUCCUUCAGUAAAAGGUCUUCCAGGACCAGGUUUACUGACUACCAGCUUCGGGUUCUUCAAGACUUUUUUGACACCAACGCUUACCCAAAAGAUGAUGAAAUCGAACAACUUUCCACCGUUCUCAAUCUCCCCACCCGGGUUAUCGUUGUCUGGUUCCAGAAUGCUCGGCAGAAGGCGCGGAAGAGUUAUGAGAAUCAAACAGAGACAAAAGACAACGAAAAAAGAGAACUCACAAAUGAGCGGUACAUCCGAACGAGCAACAUGCAAUACCAGUGUAAAAAGUGCAGUGUGGUUUUCCCCAGGAUCUUCGACUUGAUCACGCAUCAGAAAAAGCAGUGUUACAAGGAUGAAGACGAUGACGCCCAAGAUGAGAGCCAAACUGAAGACUCCAUGGACGCCACAGAUCAGGUGGUGUAUAAGCAUUGUUCAGUGCCUGGCCAGACCGAAGCAGCCAAAACCGCUCCUGCCUCUGCUGGGGGCUCUGCUUCUGGGACCAGCACCCCCCUGAUCCCAUCACCCAAACCAGAACCGGAAAAGACGUCUCCAAAGCCCGAGUAUCCCACAGAAAAGCCAAAGCCGGGUGACCCCUUGCCCCACCCUCAAGGCACCAAACCAGCCCUGCCGUCAGCAUCUUCUUCCUCGGACCCACCACCACCACCGCCGGCCUCAGCCGCUCAGCCCCAGCCACCCAAACCGCCCCAACUCCUGGGACGACCUCCCUCGGCUUCUCAGACCCCCGUCCCUUCCAGUCCGCUGCAGAUUUCCAUGACUUCUCUCCAGAACAGUCUACCUCCACAGUUACUUCAGUACCAAUGUGAUCAGUGUACAGUUGCCUUCCCUACCUUGGAACUCUGGCAGGAGCAUCAGCACAUGCACUUCCUGGCUGCUCAGAACCAAUUCCUUCACUCCCCGUUCCUGGAACGGCCCAUGGACAUGCCCUACAUGAUAUUCGACCCUAACAAUUCCCUGAUGACCGGACAGCUGCUCGGUGGUCCUCUCACACAGAUGCCCCCGCAGACAGCUUCCUCCCACCCCGCAGCCCCGGCCACCGUGGCCGCUUCCCUUAAGAGGAAACUGGAUGAGAAGGAAGAGAACAACUGCAGUGAGAAGGAAGGUGGAAACAGUGGGGAGGACCAACACCGUGAUAAGCGCUUGAGGACCACCAUCACUCCGGAACAACUGGAAAUUCUCUAUGAAAAAUACCUACUGGAUUCCAACCCCACCCGGAAAAUGCUCGAUCACAUCGCGCGGGAAGUGGGGCUGAAGAAAAGGGUCGUGCAGGUCUGGUUCCAGAAUACAAGAGCGCGAGAAAGAAAAGGCCAGUUCCGGGCAGUGGGUCCAGCACAAUCGCAUAAACGCUGUCCUUUCUGCCGAGCCCUGUUCAAGGCCAAGUCAGCCUUAGAAAGCCACAUUCGCUCCCGGCACUGGAACGAAGGCAAGCAGGCAGGUUACAGCUUGCCACCAAGCCCUUUAAUAUCCGCCGAAGAUGGUGGAGAUAGCCCGCAGAAAUACAUUUAUUUUGAUUAUCCAUCUUUGCCAUUAACGAAAAUCGAUCUCUCGAGUGAGAAUGAGUUGGCUUCUACAGUGUCGACACCUGUUAGCAAGACGGCAGAACUGUCACCGAAGAAUCUCUUAAGCCCUUCUUCUUUCAAAGCGGAAUGUUCUGAGGAUGUAGAGAAUUUAAACGCCCCUCCUGCUGAGGCUGGGUAUGAUCAAAAUAAAACUGAUUUUGAUGAGACUUCGUCCAUUAAUACAGCGAUCAGUGACGCCACCACCGGAGACGAGGGAAACGCAGAAAUGGAAAGCACCACCGGAAGUUCCGGAGAGGUGAAGCCAGCUUUGUCUCCUAAAGAGGGGAAAACUCUCGACGCUUUGCCAAAAACAGCGACCACCCCCACCACAGAGGUCUGUGAUGAGAAGUUUCUCUUCUCGCUCACGAGUCCCUCGAUACCUUUCAGUGAUAAAGACGGUGACCACGACCAAAGCUUUUAUAUCACGGAUGACCCCGAUGACAAUGCCGACCGCAGUGAAACGUCUAGCAUAGCUGACCCCAGUUCACCAAAUCCAUUCGGCUCCAGCAAUCCUUUCAAAUCCAAAAGUAAUGACCGACCAGGUCACAAGCGUUUCAGAACCCAGAUGAGCAAUCUCCAACUCAAGGUUCUCAAGGCUUGCUUCAGUGACUACCGAACUCCAACCAUGCAAGAAUGUGAGAUGCUAGGGAAUGAGAUCGGUCUGCCCAAACGUGUGGUCCAGGUGUGGUUCCAGAAUGCAAGGGCAAAGGAAAAGAAAUUUAAAAUUAACAUAGGGAAGCCUUUCAUGAUCAAUCAAAGUGGAACGGAAGGCGCCAAACCAGAGUGUACCCUCUGUGGGGUGAAGUACUCUGCCCGCUUGUCCAUCAGAGAUCAUAUUUUCUCCAAACAGCACAUUUCCAAAGUGAGGGAGACCGUUGGGAGUCAGCUUGAUCGGGAGAAAGAUUACUUGGCUCCCACUACCGUUAGACAGCUGAUGGCUCAGCAAGAACUUGACCGUAUAAAGAAAGCUUCAGACGUGCUGGGAUUAGCAGUACAGCAGCCGAGCAUGAUGGACAGCAGCUCCCUCCAUGGCAUCAGUCUGCCCGCAGCCUACCCAGGACUCCCGGGCCUCCCCCCAGUCCUUCUCCCUGGAAUGAACGGUCCAUCCUCCUUGCCUGGAUUUCCACAAAAUUCAAACACGUUAACACCGCCAGGUGCAGGCAUGCUUGGGUUUCCUACUUCAGCUACUUCGUCUCCUGCCCUGUCUCUCAGCAGCGCCCCCACCAAACCUCUGCUGCAGACUCCAGCACCUCCGCCACCCCCUCCUCCGCCUCCACCACCACCACCACCCUCUCUGUCAGGACAGCAGACCGAGCCGCAGAACAAAGACUCUGAGAAAAAGCCAACGAAGCCAAACAAGGUCAAAAAAAUCAAAGAGGAGGAACUCGAGGCCACAAAACCGGAAAAACACCCCAAAAAAGAGGAAAAAAUCUCGUCUGCUCUUUCAGUGUUGGGCAAAGUCGUAGGCGACACGCCUGUGGACCCUUCUCAGCUGCAGGCUUUACAGAACGCGAUCGCCGGCGACCCCGCAUCCUUCCUGGGCGGACAGUUCUUGCCGUACUUUAUCCCUGGCUUUGCUUCGUAUUUCACCCCUCAGCUUCCCGGCGCCGUGCAAGGAGGCUACCUGCCGCCUGUUUGCGGCAUGGAGAGCCUCUUUCCCUACGGCCCCACCAUGCCGCAGACCCUGGCUGGGCUGUCCCCGGGGACCCUGUUGCAGCAGUACCAACAGUACCAGCAGAACCUGCAGG